AUGCGGGCCAACGUGCUGCGCGUCAACGUGCCGGGGCCGGUUGUGGACGUGGUGGGCACCGGCGGCGACGGCCUCAACACCUUCAACCUCUCCACCGCCGCCGCGCUGGUGCUGGCGGCGUCGGGCGUGAAGGUGGCCAAGCACGGCAACCGCGCGGCGUCGAGCUCCGCGGGCCGCCGACGUGCUGGAGGCCUGUGGCGUCAAGCUUGA